ACCUGCCCCGAGGAGGAGACAGGAGGACCAUGCGGAGAUGGAGAGCGGCCGGAGAGGCGUCCUGGCUCUGCUGGGAGUCCUGGCGGGACUGGCAGCCUCGGGGGCCGGCUAUCAGAUCGUAGAGGGGCCCCGGAACGUGACGGCGCUGGCGGGCGCGGAGGCCCGCUUCAACUGCACCGUGUCGCCGGGCUGGAAGCUGAUCAUGUGGGCGCUGAACGGCGUGGUGGUGCUGAGCGUCACGCCGCGCGAGCCCAUCAUCACCAACGACCGCUUCACCUCCGCCAGCUACGCCCGCGGCGACGGCGACUUCGUCUCCGAGAUGCGCGUCCGCGACCUGCGGCUGCGGGACGCCGGCCGCGUCCGCUGCAGCCUGCAGAGCAGCGACCUGGACGCCUACGCCUUCCUGGACGUCGAGGUCAUGGGCACCUUGAGCAUCCCCAGUGAGGUCCUCGAGGACGAGGACGAGCCCUGUAAUGUCACCUGCCGAGCCCACGGCUGGACCCCGCUCCCGCACGUGACCUGGAGGCUCGGGGUCCCCGUCAGCCAGUCCAGCGUCUCCUCCUUCGUGGAGCGGGGGCGGGGCGCCGUGGUCAGCGUCCUGACGCUCCGGCCGCAGGGCAACGGCACGCUGACCUGCGUGGCCGCGCUCCGCAGCCCCGAGGCCCGCGCGGCCGUCACCGUGAACCUCACCGUGGUCCCCCCGCCGCCCGCCGCCGUGGCACCGGCCGCGUCCUUGCCCACCUGGGCCAUCGCUCUGCUGGCCGUGUCCUUCUCGUUGCUCUUGGUCCUGAUCGUUGUGCUGGUCAUCGUAUUCUGCUGCUGCUGCGCUUCUGGAAAAGACAAGAAAGAGUCUAGUUAUCAAAAUGAAAUAAGAAAAUCCGCCCUUGCGAAGGCCACCAGAGACGCCGCUGACGGCAGGCAGAAGAGGGGCAGUGAGAACUACGGGUACAGCUCGGAUGAGCCCCGGGCCGGGCAGCCGGCUUCCCCCCCUCCUAAGUCUGCCGAACUCGGUGUCAUCCCAGAGCCGGGAAGAAGCAGCUCUCCUCGUCAGGGUCCCCCUACCCACCGGCCGGGCCCAGCGAGCCGCCCGCAUGUUUCCUUUGACCUCGCCAGUCCUCGGAAGGUCAGGAACGUGACGCUGGUCUAGGAACGGCUUCCCGUGGGCUCAGCGUGGGCUCGGUGAGGAUCUCCACCGCCAGGACGCCUUGGUUCGUGUCCACCCGGAGACCUGCCUUCUGCGCUGUC